AUAUAUAUAGUUAAUAAUAAUAGAUGAUAUAGCACAAAUCUCCAUUUUAAAUAAGGCUCUACUAUAUGCAUGCUUUGCUUUAUCCAAUUAUGCAUGCAUGCUGGCACACUUAAACAUAGCUGAUAACAGGAUGUGUAGCAGAUUGCAGAGUAUAAAGGACAGAGAUGAAAAGAAAAAUUUAAAGUAUAGAAUGUUAUCGAUACACAUCCAUUUGUCUAUCAAUCCUACACAAAGUGAAUUUUGAUGUACUCGUCCUUCUUGAGCUCACACGGUCCAGGGGGCGCAACUGUGAUCGAGCACCCGUCACCAAUACACGUGAGGGUUGGCUGCUCUGGGUUCAGAUCUCGUCUCGGGCACGCUGUUUUGUCUGCAUUUGGCAUCUGUUUACAGGGCUAGGGCUAACAGCCUUAUUGUUGCUGGCUCGGCGUACUCGACCAUGGCAUGUGUGUAUUUGUGAGAGAUCGAACUGUAGAAUGAAUCCAAAUUAACAUAAAUCAGAGUUUUCUAAAUAUUCUAACAUCUUCACCAUUUAUCUUUUUUAAAAGUAUGGCCAUACCGACUUUUGGUAAUAUUUGACGUAAAUAGCUACAAUAUGUUUCGUCGGUGAUCGAUUCGUCUUUUAGGCUUGGGACGAUAUUUGACUUCUCGUUCUUGGGACAAAAUGGACCUAGCUGGAAACGAAUUGACUUCUGCGUGGGGCGAAAUAAUAGCUAAACGUUGUGCGAGUGAAUUCUAUUUAUAUAAAUAACGUUGGCCCACAUGUUAAAAUGCUUAUUCUGCAAGACCGUGACAAACGCGCCCUAUAAUCAGGGACCUACAUUCAUGCAGGGAAUAUAGAAUGUAGGUCCGUGGUCCUGAAUUGGAGCAGCUUCGCCUUUACAUAAAGGGGAAUAAAUCACGUGCGAUAGGAACAAACAUGGCAAAUAAUAUUCGUGUCCUUAUUGCAUCUGGUGAUGGUGCGAACUUGGAAAAACGGGUGAAAGUCACUCUGCCACACAUAAACGUGUUGAAUCUUCAGUAUGACGCUACAGGGAUUACAAAAGAAAUGAUUGAGUAUAUUGAAAAUGCGGAGAUUCUUCUGUGUGAUCCGCCGUUUUUUGUGGAAUGUUUGAGUCUGAAAAUACCACACAAAUUCAAAUGGGUUCAGGUCACAUGGGCAGGUAUAGACAGUUUAAGAAAUGUUAUACACUCCAAUAAGCUAGAGCUUGGAUGUUGCUUGACCCGCACAGGAGAAGGCUUUGGUCAGCUGAUGGGUGAAUAUGUUCUAGGACACAUCAUAUCAAGAGAGCAUCACUUCCAAGAAUUGCUUCUUAAACAGAAGCAGAAAGAAUGGUCCAGGGCAGAAUUCUCCAACAUCCGGCCUUUAACUUCAUUGACUAUUGGGAUCCUUGGCUUAGGGUCAAUUGGAUCAGAAGUGGCACGAAUGUGUAAAGAGAUGGGUAUGACAGUUUGGGCCUUGUCUCGCACCAAAAAAAUGUCAGCGCCUUAUGUUGAUUACUUAAGGACUUAUGAGGACUUGAAAGAAUUAUUAAGUAACUCAGAUUACAUCUGUAACAUACUUCCUGAUACCGCUGAAACCCAUAAUCUUUUGUCUGGUGAUGUUCUCAAGGAGUGUCAAAUGAAGAAAAGCGUGCUGAUAAACAUUGGUAGGGGAACCAUUAUCAGUGAAGAAAGUCUAGUCCAUGCAAUAAGUGAGGGCUGGUUAGGUGGUGCAGUGCUAGAUGUGUUUGUUAAAGAGCCAUUGCCUUCCAACAGCGUUCUUUGGUCACUUGAUGGUGUACUAAUUACCCCACAUGUUUCAGGACCUUUUAGUACCAAGGUAGCUGAUGCAUUUAUCAGCAACUUCCGUCUGUACGAGGCAAAGAAACCAUUAAAAUAUGUCGUGGAUUGGGAAAAGGGAUAUUGAAUCAUAUCGAACAUUUUGGAGUUAUUGCCUUCAGUCUGGUUUUGUUCUUGGGCACUGCCUUAAGUUUCAGGGCAACUUGAUGCAUUUAGUUCUGAUCUUCAUGUAAUCUGAGGAAUAUUAUUAUAUGCGAAGAACUCACAAUGCCACAGAUAGGCCUUUAAGUUGAAGUUUUAAAAAAUUUUCAAGUCAUGAAUAUUAUUCACUGUAAACCAAGCGAGACAAAUGUACUUCAUAUGAUUGCCGUUUCAGACAUAUCAGAAUGCAUAAGGUGCAAAGGAGCAAAAAGAUAGAUACCUGUGCUGAUUAAGCUCAAUUAUACAGUAUCAGUGAAUUUCACUGCAUCUAUAUGCCAACAGUACAGUAUACAGCAAAAGUCUCUAAAAUAAAUUUCAAUCUCAUUUCCUGAUGCAAAUGAAACAUAAAAUGAAAGCAUAAGCUGUCUACUGCUAAGUCUUUAAAAAUCAGUUUUUGUUGGAUUAGGAAAGGCUUACUUGUUACUUUAUAAACAGCCAUUGUUCUGUUGAAUCCUCAUAUGCAAGUUAAAAUUUACAUUCUUAUAAAUUAGCAUUGUGACAAUUUUGUGUUUGUGUGUUUCAAACAUUAUGCAGAUUGAUACCCUUAGUCCAGUCUUAAGUUUUACAAGACUAUAGAAGGGUCAGAAACUGGAGAAGCCACCCAACAAGAGACUGACACCAGAACAAGUAGGGUUUUUGCCAGGAUAGAUCAUGCACUGACCACAUUGCCACCUUUGAUAUCAUCAUUGAGCAGUCUGUUGAUGGCAGUCCUCCCUUUAUAUACCUUUUGUGGACUUUGGGAAGGCCUUUGACGGUGUAGACAGGGACAUCGUCUGGAGGCUGGUGAUCCAUUAUGGUAUUGCGCCUAAGCUUAUAAACAUUAUCAAGGGGUUGUAUGAGGACUCUUCCUGCCAAAUGGCAAAUCACUAAACCUUUCAUGAUGAAGACCGAUGUAAGAUAGGGUUGUAUAUUAUCACCAACAACCUUCCUGAUGGUCAUAGAAUGGAUUAUGCACAGGAUGACCCAAGACAACACCGGUAUCCAGUGGACCUUCACCAAACUGCUAGAGGACCUGGAGUUUUCAGAUGACAUUAGUCUCCUAUCUCAUAGGCAGCAGCUUGCACAAACCAAACUGAAUUAUCUAAGAGGAAGUGGAGAAGACAGGCUUAAAGGUUGACAGAAAGAAGAUUAAAGUGAUGAAAAUCAACAAGCAGGAACUCCCAAUUCAACUUCAAGAAGAGAACAUCCUAGAAACAGACCACUUCACCUAUCUGGGAAGCAUUGUCAACAAGGACGGUGGAGCGGACAAUGACAUCAAAAGCAGCAUCAACUAUGCCAGGCAUGCUUUCAACAACCUAUCCCCCAUCUGGAUCUGGGAACUCCCGAACAUUACCCUUAAACAGUAAGACCCGCAUCUUCAACACCAAUGUGAAAAGUCCUACUGUAUGGUUCUGAAACCUGGAGAGUGACAAACACCAUGAACAACAAGCUACAGACCUUUACCAACCGAUGCCUUCGCCAUGUUCUGGGAAUAAGAUGGGCUGAAAAGAUCUGCAACAGCAGCCUGCGGAAAAAAAACAACCAGAAUGCCACUAGCCAAGACAUCAAAAGCACAAAUGGGGCUGGAUAGGACACACCCUUCAUAAACCAGCUGCCACCAUUGCCAGGCAGGCACUUGACUGGAACCCUCAGGAGAAAGAGGAGAGUUUGGAGGCCAAAGCAGACUUGAAAAAAAACAAUAGAGUGAGGCAAAGGAUGUCAGAACCACAUAGGCCCAACUGAGGGUGCUGUCCUAAACUGGAUCUGCUGGUAAGGUGUUGUUGCAGCCCUAUACUGCUCAAGGAGUAACAAGGAAUGAGCUUUAGAAGGGUUUGAGACUAUGUCUGGUUUAAUACAUUUUGCAUCAAAACAUCUUUUAUUUCACCUGCUAUGUUACUAAUGGUUCAAAUUAAAAAUGUUAUGCAGAGCAAAUGCAGUGAAAUAUCUUCUGUUCCACAAAAAAAUGCAUGCACCAAAAAAUCAUAUCCAAUUUAUGCAGAUUAUUUCUGAUAGCUUUGAUAAGUACUGUCUGGUCCUAUUGAUGCAGUACAAAAACAAUUACUGACAUCUUUGCCAUUCUGAGUAUCAACUUUUCCUUUCUUACAAAACACUGUCAUACAUUUACUUUUAUCCAAGCUCUAUAUUCAUUUAUUCAAGCUUUAUAUGAGAACAUUGUAUGGGUGAACUGCUAAUUGCAUAUAAUUCAAUUUCUCCAUACCCCUCAAGUGGCAAAUGAAUAAAAAUGUCUGAUGUCUAA